AUGUCCCAGUUUCAUAUCGUGGAACUGGCGAGACGAGGUACAGUUAAAAAGGUCACGGGGUCAUCUCCUCAGCACGUGGCUUAUGAAAUAGGGCCAGCGUUCAACUUCAGAAUCAACACCAGAUCAGCUUAUCCAUUAGGACUGCCAGAGGAGUUUGCGUUUGUAGCUGUUCUUCGCAUGGGCUCCAGCACCAUUGAUAAAAAGUGGAAUAUUUGGCAAAUGCAGGACAUUAAUGGAAAUGAGCAGCUGGCCAUCAGACUCAAUGGAGAGUCAAAGGAGGUGGAAUUUACCUUCACAGCACUGGAUGGCGGGAGGCAGACUGUAGUCUUUGGGCCCCUGCCUUCCCUUUUCAAUGACCAGUGGCACAGAUUACUGUUGAAUGUCGGCACACAAUCUGUGACACUCUUUGUGGACUGUGUAGAGAUUGGUUCUCAGAGCAUUCCAUUCCGACAAAAAGUCAGUUUGGAUGGAUUCACAUUGAUAGGAAAACUCAAGGACAAUCCUGUGAUGGCCAUUCCAUUUGAUCUGCAGUCAAUGCUGAUACAUUGUGACGUCUCUCGAGCCAGGACUGAGGCGUGUCACGACCUCCCAGCCAGAACACGGGUAAGGAUGGAAACAGCUGCUUCAAAGUGA